AUGGCCAGCUGGGUGUUCUGUAAUCGCUGCUUCCAGCCGCCCCACAGGGCGUUGGGCUUCAGCCUGACCAGCUGCGGCCACGUGUACUGCGACGUCUGCCUGCGCAGCGGCAAAAGGGAUGAAUGCCUGAUUUGUCAAGUUCCAUGUCGUACAGUUCUCCUUUCAAAACACACCGACUCCGACAUCCAGGCCUUCUUCGGGGGCAUAGAUGGCCUGUGUAGGAAGUACGCCCGCGAGACCUCCCAGGUUCUGGAAUUUCAAGACAAACACAGGAGGAGACUGUUCGCCUUCUACGCAGAGAAGAUUUCCUCGUUGGAGGAGUCACUCAGGGAGUCAGCGCUGCAAGUGGAGCAGCUGAGCAGGGUGAGGUGGUCACAGCAAGCGGCUUUCAGCACCAUCAAAGAUCUGGUUUCAACACAGCCUGCGUGCCUGCCUCCCGACGCGGCAGCCUCUGAAAGGGUGGAGUCCAUGGAGGUUGACCUCAGUCCAUCCCCGAGGAGGAAGCCCGAGGGAGCCGCCGGCCCCGCCAGGAUGUCUCUCCUCAGCCCCCCGCGGGACGGGCGCAUGGGUGAGUGGGGUCCCGCGGCGGCUGCUCCCAGAGCAGGGGUUGCCCCCCGCCCCAGCGGGGCCCAGGGCGGUGGGUGGAGGCCACGGCUCCAGCGCCGGCAUCCGGGCUGGAAGUCGGCAGCGUCGCCCGCCGCCCUCAGCACCUCGGCCUGCCGCCCCAGCACCCCUGGCAGCCCCAGGCGCUCAGUUGCGUCCCACACCCUGUGUCCUGAGAGUAGCAGGUAG